UCGAUACUCCGUGUAAGGCGCCCGCCUUCGCGGCUUCUGAAAAACUCCCUGGCUCGGGUGCGUUUUUUGUGGCGAGUGUGAGAAGGGAUGCCUUUAUCCCCAGUUUUUAUUUCGGCGAAUCGUGGUGGGUUAUCUCUCAUUUUGUUUCUCUAGAAGGAGAAGCAGCGGAGGAAGUUUUGAGUCGCCGGUUGAACUUGUGCGUCUCAUCCCCCGCCCGCGCAAAGGAUGAGCAGUCUCUGAGAGGACGAGAACCGCAAAGCCAGCCCCGUCCCUGCGAGCGAACGAGUGAGCGAGAGGCAGCGGGCGGGCCGAAGAAAGUCCGGAGACUUUGGCCGGUAACUUCUAACCCAGCAAGUAUCCCGCCCGCUCCCGAGCCGAAGGAGGAGGAGAACGAGGAAAAGGACGAGCGGACUCCCUCCGCCUGGGGAGGAUGAAGCAGCCGCCGCCUGCGCCGCGCGCCCGUCGGGCAGCCGCGGGAGAAGCCUGGAGGAGCCCCGGGCGGGCACCGCGCCGCUGAGGGGAGGAAGGGAGCGAACGGGGACCCAGCCCAGGACCCCCCGGCCGGACGACGUCCCUGCGCGCCCCACGGAGAGCGGUUUGUGUCGCUUCAACGCCCUCAACGGACACUUUCUCUCCCACCCCCGUUGCCCCGCUGACACGGGAGUUCCUUGCUCCGCGUGACAGAAUUUCACACACACACGAGUCAGUCAGGCAGCGUCUCUCCUCCCCGCCCCACAUCUUUCUUUUUUCUCUCUCUCACUUUCUCUCCCCCCCCCCAUUUCACUCUCCGCCCCAAAUUAGCAAGUCGCAGCGAAGCUUCCGUUUGUACGAGCGGAGUCCCAGCCACAACCCCCUUUCCCCUCCUCCCAUUCCUUCUCCUAAAAUUUCACCAUCGGAUUUAACACCCCCCCUCAUCCCCGCCCUCCAUAUUUCUGGAAUCCGUUGGCUCGCCUUCCCCGCUCCGUCCCUCCCUCUUCCCCAUGGCUGAGCCACCCCCUCCCAACACCUGGAUUCGGCCAUGCCUCCCCCCCCUACCCCACUGACCCUCUCGCCAGGUUUCCCGAGCCCUCCAUGUGCUUAAUCUGACCCCCCCCCCCGGCGGCUCUCCCUUGGCGCGGAUUCUGGAGGAGAAUUUGGCCACCCGACUUCCAAACAUUUUUUCCUUCCAGAAACCACAAACACUCCCCUCUUUCUCUUUUCCAAAACAUUUUCCUCCUUUGAACCUUGUGGCGUUAUGAGGUCUUUUCUUGGAUCCCGCUCCCAAGAUCCCUGCUGGAAGAGAAGAAGCGGUGUGGCUACUGUUUUCAUUCCUUGAUCGUGCUGUAAAAAGUUUCUAAACCUUGGAAGGAGAUGAAACUCUGGAUGUUUUCUUCCCUGUUGGACCUCUCUGGGGAUGCGGAAUAUGUAUUGGAGGUGCUGAGAUCUUCGUGAAACCUUUCAGUUCCUCAGAUUUGCCCGUUGUCUGGAAUUACUUUAAAAAAACCCACCACAACCUCUUCAAGACCAUUAUUGUUGUAACAAGGGGGUUUGGCUGGACUUGGGGGAAAAAACCUUUUGUGAACUAGGACAACUGGAUAACAAGAGUAAUAGGAUGACAUCUCUUGUGGAUCCCAGGAUUAAACAAGCACUGCGGAAAAAGCCAUCAGAAAGAACUCAAGAGGAAUUAAAUACUAUCUACUACUAUCUUCAUGGAAUGGACAUACUGUCUCAUCUCAGGGAGCAUCAGUUAAGAAUUAUGACUUCCAGUGCACGUUACAAAAGGUACGAUGGAAAUCAAGUUUUGUUUUGCUCAGACACUAUUGCAAGAUGCUGGUAUAUUCUUCUUUCUGGAUCUGUGCUUAUGAAGGACUCCAUGUUUUUGCCACCUUGCAGCUUUGGCAAGCAGUCUGGAGGAAAACGAGGUUGCGAGUGUAUUGUAUUGGAGCCUUCUGAAAUGAUUGUGGUGGAUAACUCGAAAGAGAAUGAAGACAACAUCCUGCAAAGGGAAGUGCCCCUCCGACAAUCUCGACGAAGGUUUAGGAAGAUUAACCAGAGGGGAGAACGUCAGACCAUCACAGAUAACGUGGAUGUUAGCAGCUAUCUUUCGCUUCCUGCAGACCUGACCAAGAUGCAUCUCACAGAUGGUCAACAUCCACAGGUGACACAUGUCCCCUCAAGUCAGUCUGGUUGCAGCAUUGCUAGUGAUUCUGGGAGUAGCAGUUUAUCUGACAUCUACCAAGCUACAGAAAGUGAGAUGGGAGAUGUAGAUCUAACUGGUCUCCCAGAAGCACCAGUUGAUUCUGAAGACGAUGAAGAAGAAGAUGAAGACAUUGACAGAACUUCAGAUCCACUGCUGGGGAGAGAUGUUGUACGGGAAUGCCUUGAAAAGGAACCUGCUGACAAAACAGAUGAUGACAUUGAACAAUUAUUGGAAUUCAUGCACCAGCUUCCAGCAUUUGCAAACAUGACUAUGUCUGUAAGGAGAGAACUCUGCUCAGUGAUGAUAUUUGAAGUUGUAGAACAAGCAGGAGCCAUCAUUCUUAAUGAUGGGCAAGAACUUGAUUCUUGGUAUGUUAUUUUAAAUGGCACUGUGGAAAUCAGCCAUCGAGAUGGGAAAACAGAAAGUCUCUGUAUGGGAAAUAGUUUUGGAAUUACUCCCUCUCUGGAAAAGCAAUAUAUGAAUGGUGUAGUUCGGACCAAAGUAGAUGACUGCCAGUUUGUAUGUAUAGCCCAGCAGGAUUAUUGGAGAAUUCUGAACCAUGUUGAAAAAAAUACACACAAGGUUGAAGAAGAAGGAGAAAUUGUUAUGGUGAAAGAGCACAGAGAGCUGGACCGCAGUGGAACCAGGAAAGGACACAUUGUCAUUAAGGCAACACCUGAACGCCUGAUUACACAUUUAAUAGAAGAACAUUCUAUUGUGGAUCCAACAUACAUUGAAGACUUUCUCUUGACAUACAGAACAUUUUUGGCAAGCCCCCUGGAAGUUGGGGAUAAACUAUUGGAAUGGUUUCAAGUAGACAGUCUCAGGGACAAGGUUACCCGAGUUGUACUAUUGUGGGUGAACAACCAUUUUAAUGAUUUUGAGGGAGAUCCAGCCAUGACACGUUUUUUGGAAGAAUUUGAAAAAAACUUGGAAAAUGCGAAAAUGAAGGGGCACCUCAGAUUACUAAACAUCGCCUGUGCAGCCAAGGCAAAAUGGAGACAAAUCACAUUGCAGAAGCCUUCUAGAGACUCCCCACUUUUCUUCAGCCUCCUUGGAGGAAGUGAAAAAUGUUUUGGUAUUUUUGUGGAGACAGUAGAACCAGGAAGCAAAGCAGCAGAAGCUGGGCUUAAACGUGGUGAUCAGGUAAUGGAAGUAAAUGGGCAAAACUUUGAGAAUAUUACAUUUGCAAAAGCCACUGAAAUCUUGAGAAACAAUACUCAUCUUUCCAUCACUGUAAAAACAAAUAUUUUUGUGUUCAAAGAGCUGCUUAGCAGGAUAGGGCAGGAGAAGAAUGGAGUUCCUCAUAUUCCAAAAAUUGCAGAAAAGAAAAAUAAUCGCUAUUCCAUCCCAGAUAUUCCUGGAGAUGUGGAACAGAUGUUUCCACGCGAGAAAGGAAACAAGAAAAUAAAGGCAAACACUGUGUCUGGUGGAAGAAACAGAAUAAAGAAAAUUUUAGACAAGACGCGAUUCAGCAUCUUACCUCCGAAAUUGUUCAGUGAUGGUAGUGUAAGCCAGUCACAGGACGACAGCAUUGUGGGGACAAGGCAAUGCAGACACAGUUUGGCAAUUAUGCCUAUUCCUGGCACGCUCUCGUCCAGCAGUCCUGAUCUCUUGCAGCCUACAACCAGCAUGUUGGAUUUUUCUAACCCUUCAGCGGUUGGUUUUUACUACAUUCCAGAUCAGGUUAUAAGAGUUUUCAAAGCCGAUCAACAGAGCUGUUACAUUAUCAUAAGCAAAGACACUACAGCAAAAGAAGUCGUAAGCCAUGCAGUCCACGAAUUCAAUUUGACAGGAGGCUCAGAGACCUAUUCUCUCUGUGAGGUUUCUGUGAGUCCCGAAGGAGUUAUCAAACAGAGAAGGCUUCCUGAUCAGUUCUCAAAGUUAGCUGAUCGGAUUCAGCUGAAUGGAAGGUAUUACUUGAAAAAUAAUAUGGAAACUGAGACUCUAUGCUCAGAUGAAGAUGCUCAAGAAUUGCUUAGAGAGAGCCAGAUUUCCCUUUUACAGCUGAGCACCAUUGAGGUAGCUACCCAGCUAUCAAUGAGAGACUUUGAGUUAUUUCGGAACAUUGAACCUACUGAAUAUAUUGAUGAACUAUAUAAACUUGAAUCUAAAACGGGGAAUGCUAAUCUAAAGCAGUUUGAGGAUGUUAUGAAUCAAGAGACAUUUUGGGUUGCCACAGAAAUUUUAUCAGAGCCAAACCAGCUUAAAAGGAUGAAGAUAGUAAAACAUUUCAUAAAAAUUGCUCUCCAUUGUCGAGAGUGCAAGAAUUUCAACUCUAUGUUUGCUGUUAUAAGUGGUCUUAAUCUGGCACCAGUAGCCCGACUUAGGGGUACAUGGGAAAAGUUACCAAGCAAGUAUGAAAAGCACCUACGAGAUCUUCAAGACCUUUUUGAUCCAUCUAGAAACAUGGCAAAGUAUCGCAACAUCCUUAGCAGUCAGAGCAUGCAGCCUCCAAUUAUUCCACUUUUUCCUGUUGUCAAGAAGGAUAUUACAUUUAUGCAUGAAGGAAAUGAUUCAAGGGUGGAUGGCUUGGUAAAUUUCGAGAAGCUCAGAAUGAUUGCCAAAGAGAUUCGUCAAGUCAUCAGAAUGACUUCUGCUAAUAUGGAUCCUGCAGUAAUGUUCAGACAAAGGAAGAAGAGGUGGAGGAGUUUGGGAUCACUAAGUCAGGGCAGCACAAACUCAAACAUGUUGGACGUUCAAGGAGGCGCACACAAAAAACGUGCCCGGCGCAGCUCCCUUCUAAAUGCCAAAAAAUUGUAUGAGGACGCUCAGAUGGCCAGGAAAGUCAAACAAUACCUCUCCAAUCUGAAUGUGGAAACGGAUGAAGAAAAGUUCCAGAUAAUGUCACUUCAGUGUGAACCUGCGUAUAGCACUUUGACGAAAAAUCUAAGUGAAAGACGAGGUGGAAAAGCUGUAGAAAUGUCUCCCAUGCCACUGAGAUCUGUUGGCCAAACUACAAAAGUUCAUCUACAUCAGCAAAACAGAAUGAGUCAAGUCCUUCAGGUUCCAGCUGUUAACUUGUACCCCAUUAGGAAAAAAGCACCAGCGAAGGACCAUGUGACUUUUAGUGCAGGUUCUCCUCAGAAGUCAAUGAGUUUGUCUGAGGAAACAAACAGUAAAAAACAAGCAGAAGACAAUAUAUCUAUGGCAUCUUCUUUGCAUUCCAGUCCUCCUGCUUCUCCUCAGGACUCCCCACGCAAAGCUGGUAAUCCCCAGAGGUCCGAUCACUGCAGCCAGAUCAACCUCUCUGGCUCGUCCUCAUCUCUUGCAAGCGAAGCAAGCAACAAGAACAGUGGACAGCGCAGCUACGGAAUAGGCUAUGCCCUGAUACCAUCUGCAAAAUCGGAGAAUUUUUCAGAUUCCAGCCACAGCGAGAUCUCUUCACGGUCCAGCAUUGUGAGCAACUGCUCUGCUGACUCCAUGUCUGCAGCCCUUCAGGAUGAAAGAUGUCUGGCUCAGGCUGUCGUAGUUGUGGAUUCAGUAGGAGCAGUUGAAAGGAAGGAGCACCCUCAUCCGUCCUCUGAAUACAGCCAGCCUUGCCCUGGUUGGCCACUGUCCAGACCUCCCGUGAUCCGAGGCCUGCCUGUCCCAUCUUCCAUGAGCACGGAGGAGAUUUCCCACGAACACAUCACGAUAGAAGCAGCAGAUAGUGGUCGUGGGAGCUGGACCUCCUGCUCCAGUAGUUCUCAUGAUAACUUCCAAAAUAUCCAGAACCAGAAAGGCUGGGACCUCUUAAACUCUUACCGCCACGCUCACUUAGAAAGGGCCAUUGCUGAAGUAGAACCAUCAAGCAGCUGCCCUGAAGAGAUUCACUUGCAGCCCCACGCCCACUCAAACAGCAGCAGGCAAUCCAAAACGGGCAUGGACUUUGACCAAUCCCGGCAGAGCUGGGCUUCAUCGAGUUCUCUGUCAGACGCAUAUGAAGCAAACUGUGGGACAGUAAAGCGGCGAGGACUUGACAGCUUAGCAGUAGAGCAAGCUGAAGUUUUGGACUCCAAAGCAGGUGGCGAUACAACAUACAAAACUGUCACUUCCAGUACCGAGAGAGGCCUCAUAGUGUACUGUGUCACCUCACCUAAGGAAGACAAUAGGUAUAGGGAGCCACCGCCCACCCCGCCAGGAUAUAUGGGGAUUUCCUUAGCGGACUUAAAGGAAGGAUCACCUCACCACCCACACCUAAAACCUCCAGACUAUAGUGUGGCGGUGCAGAGGUCAAAGAUGCUGCAUAGCAAGCUCUCUAGGCUCUCCUCCACUCCUCUGAGUAGCGAACCAGUGGCUUGUUUUCCAAAGAAGAUGCCUCAGUUGCAUGGCCGACAGCCGUCCCAUCCUAAGCUAGCAGAUAUGACUGACGCAAAUAGUGAAGAGGAUGAAGAUGAACAAGUUUCAGCAGUCUAGCCUUUGCGCUUCCUGUGAAAAUUGCCCCAAGUCACAGUAACAUUGGAAGAAGGAAUUGUACAAUAUUGUUAGCUGUAGCUGACAGCUUGCUGCUAUUGACUUCAAAUGUUGCAUUUGCUUGUCUUCUGAAUAAUAUGACGGACCUAAUCUGGAUCCUAAUUUUGAACUUCUUUUGCUUCACUGCAAUCAGCUUCACAGCCUAAGAAAACUAUUUAUAUCUUGAGAGAGACAGACAACAAUUUCUAAGGAAUACUGACCCUGAAUUGCAGAAAGCAGAAUCCAGAAGGACCUCCCUUUUAACGAAGUGGGGCCAACUUGGAAACAUUCUUCUGCAGGAAACCUGUAGACGCUUUUGGUAGACUUUGCUCAGAUAUUUUCUUUGUGACCAUUACGGCUCUCAAUUGAAGAAUGUUAUUCUACGUGCUUACGGAACUGCAACACUUCAGCGAAACCAAGGAUACAUCUGCAGCAAUCUGAAGAGUAAUUUAUUAAUUUGGAGUUUAUAAUAAGGCUUUGGUUUGUUUGUUUGUUUAUAUGUGUAUUAGAAUGCUCUGGUUGGCUAAUGUGAAUGCUUUUACAAAGAAAAUAAGGUAACAAAUUAUCUUGGUGUUAAUGACAUGUUUUAUGCUAGCAAAACACCGUGGAUUUCUGAGGAACUGGAUGUCAUGAGUGCAGCUAGAGGUUUACACACAUUGCCACAUAAACCUCUCUUGUAAAAUGCCAAGCCCUGAUGUGUGUAUUGAGUGUGCUUUAAUGUGCAUAGUGUAGUGGAACACUGCCAUCUGUUGGUCCUGUAUUUUAAAACCGGUGAAGUACAUGUGACCGCUGUCCUUUCAGCUAUCAAAUGAACAAGGAAGUACCUGCAGUUCUGUUCUUUCCUGCAUUCCAUUUCUUGCCCUUCCGUUGAAUUGAAUCAUGGUGUGUGUGUUACCUUGUAUUUACAGCGCAAUCUCCUGUGAACCCAUCCAGUGCAAGUCCCCUUGCAACAAAUGGAAGAAGCUGCCAGGUCCUGAACUUUUGAGCUUCAUCCAGUUUGCACCGGAGAAGUGCCCAUCAAGUGAUGCUCAGCUUGAGGUGUUCAAAACUUACAAGGAGAACCUUGGAAAUUGAAACGGGACGUUAGGUUUUUGUUCUUCU